UUUGUUUCCUCUUUUCCAACGGCGCUUGAACGCAGCACAUUCACGUGACAUGCGUCUGACAGCUGGGAAGAGGAACACUGACAUGGCGGUGUGCAUAGCUGUGAUCGCUAAAGAGAACUACCCGCUGUAUAUCCGCAGCGUGCCCACUCAGAAUGAGCUGAAGUUUCACUACACGGUGCACACCUCUCUGGACGUGGUGGAGGAGAAGAUCUCAGCAGUGGGCAAAUCUCUAGGGGACCAGAGAGAGCUGUACCUGGGCCUGCUGUACCCCACUGAAGACUACAAAGUAUAUGGGUACGUCACCAACUCCAAGGUGAAGUUUGUCAUUGUCGUGGAUUCAUCCAACACAUCGUUAAGGGACAAUGAAAUUAGAAGUAUGUUCCGAAAAUUACACAACUCUUUUACCGACGUAAUGUGUAACCCAUUCCACAAUCCCGGAGACCCCAUUCAGUCCAAGGCCUUCGAUGGCAUCGUAUCUGGAAUGAUGGUGCAAACUGGUUGACGUCCCGUCCAUUCCUUCUCCUGAGCCUCCACUGUACAGACCACCCUUAAUCAUAUUUUUAUUUGUAUACAUGUUGCCUUGAUUCUUGAAAUGCAUUAAGUAAUAAAACUGGAUUGUUGUUGCA